UGUCAUUCUAGGCUACCUGAUAUCUUUGGUCUGGUUGAAUUACAUUAACAGCAGUCAUAGUAUCAUCUGCCGCAAUGAUUCCGCUAGCAGUUCCUGAGGGCUAGGUGAACAAUUUUGCAGAGCAGACCAUGGGAUUUUUGGCUAGCUAACCUUUAUAAUGAAAAGAGGAAACACUCUGGCUUCUCAGAAUGAAUUCAGUGGAACAGGACCACGGAACAGAUUCCAGUCUUGAUUCCACUGAAAUUGCCUCUGCUGCAGAAGACGAACUGCCAGAUUCUAAUCUUUGUUUUUACUACAAAAGGAUUUUCUGUAUACAGCAAGCAAAAGUAGAUCCUAGAGAAAACGAAAAUGAAGAGAUCACAACGCCUCGGUGCCAUUUUUUAAUUCCCAUAAGGCUGCUUCCCUUUAUCCUUGCCUUAUUUCUCACUUUAAUCAUAGCAGCGGCCAUUGCCUUGAGCGUUUAUUUCAAUUGCAAUGGGAGGUUCCAGUGCAGAUCUUCCUUUAAAUGUAUUGAUCCUACAGCAAGGUGUGAUGGUGUCUUCAACUGUAAAGAUGGAGAAGAUGAGUACAGAUGUGUCAGACUGAGUGGCAAAAGGGCUGUACUGCAGGUGUUCAGUUUUGGAACCUGGCGGACGGUGUGCUCAGAUGGCUGGAAAGAAAACUAUGGGAGUGUUACAUGUAAAUACUUAGGAUUUUCAAGUUUUGUAAGUUCAUCUGGCUUCCCAGUGGCUGCCACUGAGAAUGAGUUUCAGAAAUAUUUUGUUACUGCAAAUCAUUGGUUAUCAGCUGAUCAGCUAACAUCACCACAGAAUGCUACCCACUUACGAGAAGAAUGUACUUCAGGCAAUGUAAUUGUCUUAAAAUGUCUGGCAUGUGGUACCAGGUCUUGGUACUCCCGACGUAUCGUUGGUGGAAAUGCGUCACUGCUCCAGCAAUGGCCAUGGCAAGCCAGCCUUCAAUUUCAAGGAUAUCAUUUGUGUGGUGGGUCAGUCAUCACCCCCUGGUGGAUUGUUACAGCAGCUCAUUGUGUUUAUGAUUUGUACCUACCUAGAGCUUGGAGUGUACAUGUGGGUUCUGUAAUCCUGGAAGAAAGACUGGUUAAUACAUACUUAGUGGACAAAAUUAUAUACCAUAAAAAUUAUAAGCCUAAAACAAUGAAGAAUGAUAUAGCACUGAUUAAGCUGGCUAGUCCACUUGCACUAAAUGGUCUUAUAGAGCCAAUUUGCCUUCCUAAUUUUGGAGAACAUUUUCCAGAAGGAAAAAUGUGUUGGAUAUCAGGAUGGGGAGCGACAGAAGAAGGAGGUGAUACUUCAGAAACCAUGAAAUAUGCUGGUGUCCCUUUAAUUUCUAACAAAGUGUGCAAUCAUGGGGAGGUCUAUGGAGGAAUUGUAGCUUCAUCAAUGCUCUGCGCAGGUUAUUUAAAAGGAGGCAUAGACACCUGUCAGGGAGAUAGUGGGGGGCCAUUGGCAUGCAAAGAUAUGAAUACUUGGAAGUUGGUAGGAACAACCAGCUUUGGGGUGGGCUGCGCAGAAGAGAACAAACCUGGAGUCUACAGUCGCAUCACCUCAUUUCUGGACUGGAUACAUGAACAAAUGGAGAGAGAAGAGUGGAAGGGAGACGGUUAGCAUCAUCAUCAUAAGUUCUUCAAAAUGCUCUACAAUUAACUUCCAGCUUGUACGAUUUUUGUACUUUUUAACAGAGAUGCUGCAACGUUCCUUUUUUCCUAUAACUACAAAAUGCUCUUUACAAUGGAGAAUUUUUACCUUCUUCUAAUGACUUCAUGCAAUAUUGAGAUGAAGGCUUUGUAAACCAUGGAUCCUUUUUUUUAAUCCCAUCCAUAAUCUUAUUGCAUUAAAAUGGAACCAGAAGAUCCUAUAAGAUCUGGCCAAACAAGCAGAACAAAUGAAGGACAUGUUUAAAGAAUGAGCUGAGUUCCUGCAGCAAGAAUGGAAGGAAUACAAAUAAAAGGGGAGAGGGGACUACCUUAUGUCUCAUAUACGGAACUACUUCUGGUAGAAAUUCUGUUAGAUGCUAGUUGAAUGUUGAAUAUUUUCACUUCAAGGCACUUAAUUACUGAUCUGAACAAAGCUUGACUUUGGUGCUUGCUAGCAGGGACAGAGACACACAAAAUCUGUGUUCUUUGAUAAUAAUAAUUAUUUUUUGUCUUUUUUUUUUUGCUUCAGAGAUAACAACUGCACUGUUAUUUCCUUUCUGCAGUUAUUUAAACAACAGACUCCACAAGUCUAUUAGAAGAUUGGUUCUUUCUAAAACAAAGUAGAUGGAAAUGUAUAAGUGCAGACCUGACCUAGAUCAUCAGGACAUGUCUCACACAAGUGGUCACACACUAGGUCUAGUUUUUGUCUUGGGACAGUUCCAAGGUGAUCUGAAAAUAGACAAUGUUACAAUUAGUCCUUUGUCAUGGUAAGAUCACUCUCUGAUUGCUUUUGGAUUUGCUGAUGCUCUCCUCACUGCAGGGAGGUUGCACCUAUUAGA